AUGUCCAUCCGGGUCGUCGCGAGGAUACGUCCGCUGCUGGAGAAGGAGCUCGACAAGGACAUGAUUGUGCGAUCCGACAGGGUAGAGCCGGGCAAGCCUGACACGAUUGUCAAGAUUCCGAAUCCCAAGAACGAGGCCGAGGAGUUUUCCUUUGCCUUCAACGGCGUCUACGACCAGCCCACGUCCCAGGAGACCUUGUUUACUUGCGAAGUACAACCGCACCUCAAGUCCCUCUUCCAGGGCUACGAUGUCACGAUAUUCGCCUACGGCGUCACGGGCACGGGCAAGACGCACACGAUGCGAGGCGGCCUCAAGCUCGCGGAGCGCGGCGUCAUCCCGCGCCUGCUCAGCGGCAUCUUCCGCCGCGGCCGCAAGAUCGCAAAGGACACGGCCGGCCAGACGACGGCGCGGGUGAGCCUGUCGUACUACGAAAUCUACAACGACAAGGUCUUCGACCUGCUCGAGCCCCCCGAGAAGCGCACCCCGGCCGGCCUGCCUCUGCGCGCCGAGGCCAACGGCAGGACCGUCGUGGCCGGCCUCUCGGAGCGGGCGUGCGAGGACCUGCGAGACUUUGAGAAGCUGUACAUCGAGGCCAACGCGAACCGCGUCACGGCCGCCACCAAGCUCAACGCCCACAGCAGCCGCAGCCACGCCAUCCUGCGCGUCAAGCUGACGCAGACGACGGGCGGCGCCGUCCUCGAGAGCACCGCAUCGGCCAUCGACCUCGCCGGCUCCGAAGACAACCGGCGCACCGACAACGGCAAGGAGCGCCUGGUCGAGUCGGCGGCCAUCAACAAGAGCCUCUUUGUCCUCAGCCAGUGCAUCGACGCCAUCUCGCGCGGCGACAAGCGCAUCCCCUACCGCGAGUCCAAGAUGACGCGCAUCCUGUCGCUCGGCCAGAACAAGGGCAUCACCGUCAUGAUUCUCAACCUGGCCCCGCUGCGCAGCUACCACCUCGACACGCUGAGCAGCCUCAACGUCAGCUCCCGCGCCAAGCGCAUCGAGGUCCGCGAGAUUGAGAACGAGGUCGUCUUCAAGCAGGUUCCUAGGGCGAACCCGGGCGUGGCACCGGGCGGCAUCGCCCGUCAGCCGUUGCGGCCGCUGGCCAACGCGCACAACGUCCACAACGGCAACAUGGCCGCCAAGGCCGCCGAGGCCAACAAGCCGGUCAAGGCCUUUAGCGUCUACACGGACAAGGCCAAGACUUCGUCGUCGGUGGCGGCGGCGGCACGUUCCGCCGUCGGCGCCGCCAGUCUCGUGCCGCGCCCGAGCACGCACAAGCGCCCCCUAGAACACGAGCAGGCUUUGAGGCAGGCCAAGGCCGCCCGGCCGGCGGCAGAGGAGCAGAUCACCAUGUCGGCGGCCGAUAUUGAGGCCAUGGUGGAGAAGAAGGUCAGCGAGAUGCUGGCAGCGAGAACGGCGGCCGCCCCCGCGUCGUCGUCGCAGGCUGGCCCUCAGCAGGCCGACUUGAGCGAGGCGGUACAGAAGCGGCUCGAGGCGCUCGAGCGGCGCGUGGAAGGCGACGACUGGCGUGGCGACACCAGGUCCGAUGGGCUCCGCUACCUGUUGGCGGCCCGACAAUGCAAGCAAAGGGGCGACGACGCCGCCGCGCUCAGGGCCUACGAGAUGGCGUUGCCGUAUUUCCCCGGGCAGGCCAAGCUGCUGAGCAACAUUGAGCGACUGCGGUCUGCCUUGAGCGCCUCGGCUGAAGACCCACUCCAGUCGGCAAAGGAAGGAAGACGCGCCAGGGCUACAGUCCAUGACGACGAAGAGUGGGAGGAGGGGGAGGAGGAGGAAAGGGGGAGCGACGGCGCAUCGCCACGCACGAGACGGCUCCUGGAUGUGGUCAACUCGCGAGACAUGGCGCGGAUCCGGGGCCUGGCGGGCUUCGGCGCCAAGAGAGCGCAGGACCUGAUCGACUAUCUGGAACUGGCGGCGCUCGAGGCCGACGACGGGAGCGGCGGUGGCAGCAUCGAGAGCCUGGAGCAGCUGCGGGCGCUGCCCGGCAUGGGCUGGCGGACAGUCGAGAGGGCCCAUGCGGGCCUAACGACGAUGACUUGA